GGUCCAGAGCGGUAAAUGACUCACUUGAAGCGUAGUGGCCCCAGCUCUGCUGCUUCCUCCCGAAGACUCUUUCCACUCCCCACUGCCUUUUCCAAUGAUCACCUCCUUUCGUUUCAGGAAUGCCGGAUUGCUCACCCUGUUGUGAAGUGCACCUACUGCAGGACUGAGUACCAGCAGGAGAGUAAAACCAAUACAAUAUGCAAGAAGUGCGCUCAGAACGUGCAGCUGUAUGGAACGCCUAAGCCUUGUCAGUAUUGCAACAUAAUUGCAGCGUUUAUUGGCAAUAAAUGCCAGCGCUGUACGAAUUCAGAGAAGAAGUAUGGACCCCCAUAUUCCUGUGAACAGUGCAAGCAGCAGUGUGCGUUUGACAGGAAAGAUGAUCGAAAGAAGGUAGAUGGGAAGCUGCUAUGCUGGCUGUGCACGCUGUCCUACAAGCGUGUCCUUCAGAAGACCAAAGAACAGAGGAAACACCUGAGCAGCUCUUCUCGAGCCGGCCAUCAGGAGAAGGAGCAGUACAGCCGCUUGAGUGGUGGCAGCCAUUACAACAGCCAGAAAACACUUUCUACAUCUUCAAUUCAAAAUGAAAUCCCAAAGAAAAAGUCCAAGUUUGAGUCAAUCACAACUAACGGAGACAGCGAUGCUUCCUCUCAUGAGCUGCUUUGUCCUAAUACCCAGAGCCCGUCUGUGUUGGUGCAGUGGGCUGCUUCCCAACAGAGUCUUGGAGCCAUCCAUUUUCCUGUUCCUCCAGGCCCAGGCAUCCUGAACUUUUCCCCAGACCUGGCUCUGGAUUCUCCUGGCACUGACCACUUUGUCAUCAUUGCCCAACUGAAGGAAGAGGUGGCCACUCUGAAGAAGAUGCUGCAUCAGAAGGACCAGAUGAUCUUAGAGAAAGAGAAGAAGAUUACAGAGCUGAAGGCUGAUUUUCAGUAUCAGGAGUCUCAGACUCGGGCCAAAAUGAACCAAAUGGAGAAAACCCACAAAGAAGUCACAGAGCAAUUGCAGGCCAAAAACAGAGAGCUUCUGAAACAGGCAGCUGCUUUGUCCAAGAGCAAGAAGUCUGAGAAGUCAGGCACCAUGACGUCUCCAUGAAGACCAUGAGAAGGCUCCCACAACAACAGCCACUGCUCCUGGGUCAGGGUUGGCCACCCGGCUGUUCUCUGGGAACUGUGCUUUCUUACAGAAUCUCUAUUUUCUUACCGUUACCCUUCUUUGUGGGAAUGUAGCGGGCUGAGUGGAAACACCUGGUUUGUGCUGUGUUAGGACUGCAUGCUCAGUGGUUGGGGUUCAGACCUCCUCCUCCUCUUCCUCCUCUGCUCCCCUGUGCUCCUCCUCCUCUCUGUUUCCAUAGUGGUCACUGCUCGGUGUUAUGUGCGGAGUUUCUGUCCACUGUUACACCUGCCAUCCCCACGAGCAAGUAGUCUGUCGUCCACUGUGCAUCACUGCCGCCCUCCGAGCCUUGAAAACUGCCACCUUGAGACUUUGUGCAGGGAGAGCUUUCUCUCGCCAAUAAACCUUUGCUUCAGGGUAUACUCUUGGGUUUUUCCAGGUAUAUUAUGUAUGACCUUUGUACUAUGUAUAGACAGAGUUUUAUUUAUUUUUUAAAAAGGAAACCUUUUCUUGAUAAAGGAAUGAUGGUAGCCUAGCUAGUUCUUGUAAAAGCAAUGCCUCUUUGAAAAAAAAGAAAAAUAAUGCAGUCUUGUUUGCUAGUUUUUAGUAAAAGAAUCCGAUCUUUUCUUUCUCAUUACCUUAGAGUCCCGAUGCUAAGGUAAUGCUGGAGGCUAAGAGUGGAGCUAAGUGCCUUCGGAGGACUCUGUGGAAGAACAUUUGAGGGAUACUUAAGGGUGCAGAGAACUGACCAGUCUGUCUUUAAGUAAGGGCAGAAAGAACGGUUGUCCAGGUUAUACUGGACACUCCCUCCUCUAUCUACCCCUCCUUCUCCUUUUACAUAACUUUAAAUUCCCACACUGCCACUUCUUUUUUAAAACAUACCUGUUUCUUGCUUGUCAGCUGUCAUACCAGGCUGUUAACAGAACAUUUUAUUUUAUUUUAUUUUAUUUACCAUGAGCAGAUUCAAGUGGGAUAAGAUUUGAACUUGAGUGUUGCCGGGGUCAGCAGGGCUGCUUAGGUGUGGGCUGUGUGAUGGGGAGAAUCUCACUGCACCUCCCUUUCUCUCGCCCCAUCCUGUGCACCCCCUGUUUUUAAUGACGAUGUUAGAAAACAAGUACUCCAGGGAGCCGCUGGGCCCCCUUGAGUGUGCCCCUCUCCCAUCCUCACACAGCAGGCAGGAGAGAAGGGAGAGGUUACUGUGGAGCCUUACUCUUCGACUUUUGUGAAAGAAAUAGAGAUGGGUAGUGUGUGCCGAAACCCAGAACCAGCCCUGGGAUCAGUGCAGGUGGUGCUGGCGUCAGAACAGAUCAUGAAGACAGGUGACACUUGUCCCGCAUCCCCCAGCGUUGGGCAGUGGAGUUUGCUGUUCCCCGCAGGUGCUCUGUAGUUUGGGAUUGCAUUCUCACAGAUGGACAGCCGCGGAGUGAGGGCUGUCUCCUCCGGGAGGAGACUGGAAGGAGUGUUGUUAUCAUGUCACUGGGUAGGGAGUGCGGGAGAACUGCUGAGCGAGUCACUUUGUACCUUUCUGAAGGAAAAACUUGUAAGCAAAGAUAACUACUGUCUGUUAUACAGUGUUUUCAGAUGCGUUUGUGCUGGCUGGGGAAAGAUGGCAGAAAAGAACGACAGUCGUGGUUUCUCAAACAAAACGUCAGGCUGAGAGAUUGUGGCUGUGGAGUGUGAUGGUAUACAGACGCUCAUUUAGUUUUAUACUAAAUCUUUUUUUUUUAAGGUCUUAGCAUUUAAUAUUCAGCAAACCUACACAUUUUCUAAACUAUCAUGAGCUCCUGAAAGGUAAAAGGGAAACCUUAGUCUUGAAAUGUUGAUUUUUUUUUUUAAAAAAUCAUGACAGCAUUUUACCAUGAAAUUGAGUAACUUUUGGUAACACCUUCCGUUUCUUUGUAUGUUUGUAAUAAUGGACAUUUUAAAACAUAGGAAUGUUUUGGUUUGUACAGACUUUGGCAAAUGUGUGUUAAUAAAAUUCAUAUUGACUCAGAUAAA